GUAAAUAAUACACAUCUCUGUGAGCUGUGCGGGAGCUGUAAGUGGUUUUGGUUUUAGUCGGAAUGGGUAAAUUACACUAUGGGUUUCUCUUACACGACCCACCAAUCGUUUUCGUAUUGUUUUCUUUUAUACUUGGACUCUCAUUCGGUACGGAACUGAGUUUUGUGACGUGCGGAUCAGUCGUUAAACUGUUAAAUCUUAAGCACAACGUCAGACUACACUCACACGACGUCCGAUACGGCUCCGGUAGUGGGCAGCAGUCUGUAACAGGGGUCACUGCAGUGGAAGACAGCAACAGCUACUGGAGUGUCCGUGGAACAAGUGACGCCUUCUGCCAGCGCGGUACUCCAGUACAGUGUGGUCAGACGAUUCGCCUCACCCAUGUCAACACGGGUCGAAACCUGCACAGCCACUAUUUCGCCUCGCCGCUGUCCUCUAACCAGGAGGUGAGUGCUUUUGGUGAGGAGGGGGAAGGAGACCACCUGGACGAGUGGACAGUCCAGUGUGGCGGAUCUGUGUGGAAACGUGAGGAGGCGGUCCGCUUCCGCCACAAGGCCACCGAAGCACUGCUGUCGGUGACAGGGGAGCAGUACGGGCGGCCAAUCCACGGUCAGAGGGAGGUCCAUGCCAUGCUGGGCCCCACCCAGCACAGCCUGUGGAAGGCGAUGGAGGGCAUCUUCAUGAAGCCCAGCGAGAGCCUGGCGGGCAGCCGAGACUACAGCCACCCACACACGGAAUUCUGAUCUUUUCUUUUUCUUUUUCUUUCUUUCUCUUCUUAUUUCUCCUCACUGUCUGCAAGGCUGAACAAUAAGCAAAAAAGAACAAACAAAAAUUUAAUUUUUUUUAAAUCGUACUGCAAUAUGAGCCAUGAUUUUAAUGGAGCUUUUGAUUAAAAGGAUCAAUACCAACAUCUGGAGAAUAUGAUAUGUGGUUGCCUUUUUAAUUUUUAAUAUUAGAAUGUGAAAUAUUCACUUUUUAUAAGCAAAAGUUGCUGCUCCUGCAGUUUGGAUAUUGCACUUGGCCAUUUUAUCAUUUUAAUACUUUAAUGAAUUGUUCAGGCCUUCCGGCUUCCUCCAUAUUCCUUCCCUUCUCGCUUGUUUGCAUCUUUACCAGUGGCCUCCAGAUGCAUCUCUGUCCCCGACUCUCCCGUCUCAUUAUUUCUCUCUCAUUAACCUUAUGACUGUCAUCUCUUGAAGAGACUGUGCCAAAGUCUGUCAUGGAUCAGGGUAAAACAAUUACAUCAUCUGGUAAUGAGUCCACUCAAAGCUCUCUGAUUCUCAGUAGUGUUUUCAGAUACAUAUCCACAGUAGGGGAGGGAAGUUGUUGUUCGAUAUACAUGGGCACCAAAUUUUGAUUUUGUUAUAUUUAAAAAUAUACAGUGCUCUAAACAGAUUUCCCCGCCAAUUCGUCACGACUUAAUGACUCCUCGCAGUGGAGCUUAUCACAGGAAUGAGGUUAAAAUGAAGAGAAGUUGACUGCAGCGCAAAGGGCAGACAACUCCUCCAAAUCCUGUACUCUGUAUUAAAGAAUGAUACAUUAUAUUAUUGUCAGUGUUGGCCAUGUAUCGUGAGUUCAACAUCCACUCCAUGUCAACUUUGUAUGGUGUGGAGAUCAAUCUGAAAAGACUGCGUCAGAGAUCCAGCAGCUACACUACACUUCACCAGUGUUAUUUUUGGUUCACACUUUUAAUUCACCUUUACAAAGGUGUAAAAAGAACAAAAAGUAUUAUCUUCUUAGCUGUUCCUAAUGGUUAAAGAACUAGUAUCUAGUAGCAGUGACACUACAGAGUUUUUCCAGAUCAGCACAUUUAAGUUAAGUCACGUUUUUUAGACUAGGAAACACAUUGUUACACUAGUGCCUUUGCCUUGCUUUUUUUAAAAUGAAGUAGGUGUUUGCAUUGUGGAUCAUUUUAAACCUGUGGAAACAUAUUUCUAUGGUGUUUACUCAAGCAAUCAUAAGCAGUGUUACGAUGGUAAAUACAUUUUUCCUUUGAGUCAGAUUCAGUUCAGUUCCAAAAAAAAAAAAGAUUCUGCACUAAGUGACGUGAGAGACUAAACAAUUUUGUCUGUGGUGGUUUGUUCUUUUUUUGUUUUCUUUACACAAAUGACAUCACUGAACUGGAUCCUGCUUGUAUUUAAGUAUUUGUGUCAGCAGUUAAGUGCUGGGUCGAGGUGUUUUUACAUUCAUGUCCGUGUAUGUCGUGUACGCAUUAUGUGUCGGAUCAAACUUGGUUUCAGAGGUUUAUACAAACAACAAACCUGCAAGGAAUACCUCAUAUUAAAGAACACUUUUAUGCAA